CGAGAAAUACCAGCCUCGCCAUGUUUGAUUGUGAUGAAAUCAAUUAAAAACCCAUCAACUGAAGAUGUUGACCAUGGACCCCCGUACUUGGGCCCAGGAUGUGUUACGGUGUCAUCUCUGUGACACUCCUGUUCCCCCGUUAUACUGUGACAUCUGUCACAUACAUCUGUGUAAAACCUGUGUUGGGGAACAUAUCUUAGAUGAAUCUACAGACCACAAAGUGGUGCCAUUUAAAAAGCGAGGACUUAAUCCUAAGUGUUCCAAACAUUCCACACAAUUAUGUGACCUUCAUUGUGAACAAUGUAACAUUCCUAUUUGUGUGGAGUGUAUUUCCUUUGAUGAACAUCUAGGGCACAAGCAAGUUGGUAUUUUAAAAAUAUUAGAUACCAAUAUGGAAGCAUUAAAAAAAGAUCUAAAAGAAUUAGAAAAUUCCAUACAUCCUAACUACCAAGAGAUUGCAUCUAUUAUCCCAGUUCAGAAGGCUGACCUGAUUAAAAACUGCAAGAAAUUGUCAACAGCUCUAGACAAACAAGGAGAAUACUUGCACAGAGAAAUAGACAUCGCCAUUCAAAAACUGAAAUCUGAUGUGCAUGAAAUGGAAUCCAAACACCUGGUUGUCCUCGUUAAGCAGGAAAAUGAAAUCAAACGCAGUAUUUCUGAAAUUGAAAUGAAUAUUGAUAAUUUGAAGAAAUUACUUAACUCCAAUGAUGUCAGCCUUGUCACUGCCUACAAAUCCAAGAAUGCCGAAUUCAGAAAAUUGCCUCCUAAAUUCACAGUUUUCUUACCAAGUUUCACCCCUCAGAAGAUUAACAAAGAAGAGAUUUAUCAGCAGAUUGGUUCUCUCUCAGCAUUAUCGAUCCCGAUAGAAGAACAAGGCUACAAAACGGAUUCUCCCGGUGCUGAGUCCUCUCCCCUGGAUAGAUCGCUCAUUGAUGUACCACUGAUCAUCACAGAAAUAAACACAAAGUAUGUAAAAUCUAAUAAAUUAGGCAGUGUGUCCUUUCUGAGUGAUGAUGAGGUGUGGAUGUGUGGUACAGACAACAUAAUGAGACUCUACAACCUCCACGGUAAACUAGUGAAGUCAAUCCGAACAAAGUCAGGAAAGAUACCAUUUGACAUAGCAGUGACACAGAGUGGUGAACUAGUUUAUACUGAUCCCGAUGAUAAAACUGUGAACAUAAUGAAGAAUACACAGAUACAGACAGUGAUCAGACUACAGGGGUGGUAUCCUCUUCAAGUCUGUAGUACCUCCUCUGGUGACCUCCUGGUUGUCAUGGUCACUUAUGAUAAUAAACGAACAAAAGUUGUGCGUUACUCUGGCUCCACAGAGAAACAAUCGAUUCAAUAUGAUGACAAAGGACAACCUCUUUAUUCAUCUGAAUUUAAUGCUAAAUACAUCAGUGAGAACAAGAACCUAGAUAUCUGUGUAGCUGACUGUGAAGCCCGUGCAGUAGUGGUGGUCAAUCAGGCCGGCAAACUCCGGUUUACCUACACCGGUCCUCCCUCUACUACAAAGGAACCAUUUCUUCCUGUCGGCAUCACUAUAGACAGCCAGGGUCGGAUCCUUACGGCAGACUUUUUAAACCAACGUAUCCACAUCAUUGAUCAGGACGGACAGUUCCUCCGCUACAUUGACAACUGUCAUUUACAGUAUCCAACAGGUUUAUGUGUGGACACCAGAGACAACCUCUUAGUGGGUGAAAAUGAAACAGGUAAAGUGAAGAAAAUCCAAUAUAGCAUGUAAACAAACUGUGAUCAUAGUAGUACAUGACAUUGUGUAAUUUUGUGUACAUUUACAUAGUAAAUAUCAAAUAUUAAAGUCAAAUAUUUACAUUUGAAAAUAUGUUUCCUUAUACAUGUAUGAACUUGCAGAAUAGCGAAAAUAUUUAACUAAUAAAAUGAUUUCUUUGGUGAUUCAGGGGGGAUAUGAAGGUGGCGAUAUUGAAGGGAAAAAAUUAAAAAACAUAAGUUAGCGGGUUACGGGUUAUGUAAUUUUUCUCUGCACUGAUCGUUUUCUUCAUAACCCCCAUGAAUCGCCAAAGAAAGCAUUUUAUUGUUCAUAUUAUAUCUUUCUUUAAGAUCGAAUUGAUCGUAAAAGGUAAGUAAAAAUAACUAUAAAUCAGUACGUUAGCUUAAAGAAACAGCCAAAUCGUCUCCUAUG